UCCGUCGCCAUCCUGGGCUCUCCCAAACUGCGCACCUUGGCAAGAGGUUUGUCUCCAGGCUUCUUGAGAUUCGGUGGCACCAGAACCGACUUCUUGAUCUUUGAUCCAGAGAAGAAUUCAACUUUAGAAGAGAGAGACUUGUGGGAACUGCAGGUGAAUCAAGGUAUUUGUGGAGUAAGAUCCAUUCCAACAACUGUGGAGGAGCUACUGCUAUCUCAGUGGCCCAUCCAGGAGAAGACACUCCUUAAGGAACAGGCCUGGAAAAAAUACGAAAACACUACCAUUACAAGAAGUACAGUGGACAUUCUGUAUAGUUUUGCAAAGUGUUCAAAGCUGGAUUUGAUCUUUGGUCUUAAUGCCUUACUCCGAAAAGAUGGCUUGCAGUGGGAUAGUUACAAUGCUCAGUUGCUCUUGGAUUAUUGUGCUUCCCAACAUUACGACAUGUCUUGGGAACUUGGGAAUGAGCCAAACAGUUUCAGAAAGAAAUCCGGCAUCUAUAUUGAUGGUUUCCAACUAGGGCAAGACUUUAUUCAUCUGUAUCAUCUUCUGAGAAACUACAGCAGUUACAGGAAUUCAAAAUUGUAUGGCCCUGAUGUAGGUCAACCACGGAAAAACACUCAGAAAUUGUUGAAGAGCUUCUUGAAAUCAGGAGGGAAAGUAAUUGAUUCUGUCACUUGGCAUCAUUACUAUGUAAAUGGACGAAGUGCUACCAGAGAGGAUUUCUUGAGUCCUGAAGUGCUGGAAACCUUUAUCACAGCAGUAACAGAUGUUCUUCAGAUUGUUGAUGGAACUGUACCUGGUAAAAAGGUGUGGUUAGGAGAAACAAGUUCAGCCUAUGGAGGUGGAGCUCCCAGACUGUCUAAUACAUACGUUGCUGGUUUUAUGUGGUUGGACAAAUUAGGACUGUCAGCCAGACUGGGUAUUGAUGUGGUGAUGAGACAAGUGUUCUAUGGAGCAGGAACCUAUCACCUGGUAGAUGCAAAUUUUGAACCUUUGCCUGAUUAUUGGCUUUCUUUGCUGUACAAAAAACUGGUGGGCACCAAAGUACUGAAAGUUGGCCUGAAGGGAGCAGAUCCAAAGAAGCUUCGAGUGUACCUUCAUUGCACAAAUAACCUCAACCCAAUGUACAAAGAAGGGGAUGUUACUCUGUUUGUUUUAAACCUCUAUAAUGCCACCAAACAGAUGCAGUUACCCCAUAACUUAUCUAGUAAGCAUAUAGAUGAAUACCUUUUAUUACCUCAUGGAAAAGAGGGCAUACUUUCCAGGUCUGUUCAGUUGAAUGGUCAUGUCUUAAGGAUGGUGGAUAACCAAACACUGCCAGCACUUACUAAAAAACCCCUCCAUCCUGGAAGUGCUCUUGGCCUUCCAGCUUUUUCAUAUGGAUUUUAUGUAAUAAAAAAUGCAAAAGCUAUUGCUUGCAUUUAAACAUUGAACACAUCCUCACAGGAUGGCUGCAAGAGCAUUGUGCCUGAAACUGAAGUUUGAUUCCAACGGGUCAAGUUUUUGCAAUAAGCAUAAUUUCUGGCAAGCUUCCUACAAAUCUGCUGGGAUGGCAGCAACAGCAAAACCUGGGGAAGGAGUGGGCAUAAAUGCAUAUUGAGUACUAUGUAUAAGAAUCAUAUUGAUGUAAACCUGUCAGAACAUUUUCCCCAGGUUUUGGGGAAGUUGCUUCCUUCCUUUCUCUGACCCCCAGUGGUCCACUUAGCAGCAACUACUUCUCCAUUCCGCACACUUCUAUCAAAGGAGCUGAGUAUGCUGUGCCUGCAGAUCUACCAAAGAGUUUGUCUUCUAGAUUAUAUACAUUUUAAGCACAAUUGUUAUAGCAGACUUUUCAUCUGAGAGCAGAUAUGGUUCAUGAGGGCUUUUAAAAAUAUAUUCCCCCACCCACACCAGUGUUUUUAGUUGUACUGUUCCUUUAAUGUCCACAGAAUGUGGGAGAGCAGAAGACAAUCAUGGGGAAGCUAUCAAUAGUUACUGAAGGUAAUGAGCUUCUGACUUAUUUGUGCACUAAAGGAUGUCCAAAGGCCAGCUGUGCUUUUCAGCUGUUAGUUAUGUUGGGGGUGAGGAACAGCGAAAGCAAGUAAAUGGAAAAUGAACAAAGGAUUAUCUAAAUGAGAAGAGGGAAACAGUGAGGGAAAAUGUUGAAAUGUAGGGCUUAUGUACACUUACAAGUGAAGCCUAUGCCGACGAGAGCCCCUUCCCUGGGCAUAAGUACUCCACCUCCCAGGGACAUAGUGCUUUUUCCAGUAGGAGUGAGGUCAGUAUAACUGCAUUACUCCUGGAUGUGGGUUAUGAUUCUGAUAAAACUUUUCACUCUGCUUUACUGAUUUUUUAGGAUUACUAUGAUCUCCUUUUAAGAUGGUUUCCUGACUCACAAAUGUUAUCAGUUUGAGAAGAAGUUACAGGUAAAUAAUGCUAUGAUGCAGCCCGUUCAUUUAUAUUAUUUAUAAAAUAUGAGGAAGGGAAGGCACAGAGGGUGUGACUCCAAGCCCACUGAAGUCAGAAAUAAAAUUUCACUGGGCUUUGGAUCACUCUCAGAAUAAUUAAUUUAACCUUCCAUGACUGUAAGAGACAGCUGAUUUUUCCUAGUGAGAACUGAGAGCCCUUUCCAAGUAUACAGGGCGUCCCUGUUAUAAGACGUCUGGUAUACAUGCAUUCUGUGCUAAAGUUGUUGAUGCUUGUAGGAACUGAUGCGUUAUAAGUCCUUCCAUUCCCUGCUCUUAAGUCGCACAGAAAAAACCCCACCAAUUUGUGCAAAUGGAAGUCAGUUGUGGGGGAAAAAAAUUACCUGUUUUAAGUUAUUUCACUAUAAGGCCAAGUUUUUUGGAACGUAUCUUAGACUUUUAGUGAGGACUGCCUGUAUAAAGCUCAGGAGAUCUGUGACGUUUCUUUCCGUCAGCAGAAGAAAAUGUCAGCUGGAGCCUCCUUCUCUUGGUAAAUUUUCAAAGCCUAUUUUCCUUCUCCCUUAAACUUACUACAUUAUUCUACACAAACACCUUCUCAAGGCAUCACUAUACCUUUACUCAGGAACUACUUAUUCUCUCAAAUCUCAAAACACCAAGCAGAAAUAUAACAAAGCAAGCUACUGUCAUUGAUAUCUGUACCUAAUUUUUUAAAACCUACAAAUCUGCUACAAUGCAAACUCUCAAUGCUUAUUUUGGGAUGUAUCAGGGAAAAAAUUCACAUUACUGUGUUUUUUCUAUUCAGGAUUUGAAAGACACAGGGGCUGCGUCUAGACUGGCAUGAUUUUGCAGAAAUACUUUUAACGGAAA